AUGGGAUGUUGCAAUUCCCGCGAGAAAACCACAGUGGUGGAUUCCUCAAAUGUCACCUUAACGAGGUUUCACCUUGGACCACUGGAAGUUGAUGCGGAUGGAGUUCUUUUGAAACCAAAGUUCAAUCUGGGCUUUGAAUCAGGUUCCCUCAGGGUUUUCGCUGGCGUGCGAGACGUGCGGGAUGGCAUUGUGGUGGAUAGCAUUGCAAUGCCACUGAGUUCCACUGAGUCAGUGAGAUGGUAUAUGAAGUCCUAUGCUUCCAUGGGCCAAAGUUUGUUGGAGUUUCUGCAAGAAAUGAAGGCGCAGGAGCCUUGCAUCUUGGAUGAAGUCAUAACAGCCAUCCCGGACAUCACCGCAUACGUCUUGGAAACUGUGGGUGCCGACAUCCGUAGCGACAAGGUCACCCUCGUAGAAGGUGUGAUGUACGUCUACGUGGGCGUUGGGGUCACUGCAGGAGUCUACUUGGGUUGGAUCGACACUGAAGGCUUUCGGAUGAUGGGCCUACAAGGUCUAAUCGCCACGGUGGGCGGCUUGGGAUUUUCCCUUCGUACUGGGAUUAGUGAAGAGAAGAUGUCCGCGCGUUUGGUGGGAUUCCUCACCAAUGUGGGCUUUGACAUUAUCAUUAGGUACAGAGAACCUUGUGUGAAGUGA